AUGCGGCUCCUGAACGCCAAGACGCACAGACUCGAGAGCUACGAUGAUGAGCAGUCUGUCCCCGGCGGCUAUGCCAUCUUGUCUCACACCUGGGGGAAUGAAGACCAGGAAAUAUCGUUCGAAGACUUCAAAGAAUUCCGGCUCCAUCUAGGACCAUCUUCGGCAUCCGCGUUGCCCUCACCUGAAGAUAUUCAGACCGCGAGGCAGGCACUUCCCGAGUCCAAAGCUCCCGGCUGGGCCAAGAUAGAUGGCACCUGCGACCUGGCUCUCGAGUAUGGGUACUCAUACGUGUGGAUUGACACGUUCUGUAUCGACAAGUCCAGCAGCGCUGAGCUACAGGAGUCGAUCAACUCCAUGUUCCGGUGGUACGAAAAGGCCAGCAUCUGCUUUGCCUACCUUUCUGAUGUCGCGUCGCUGGAUGGUGCUCAGGAUGCAGGAUCGGAGUUCCGAAGGUCAAAGUGGUUUACACGGGGCUGGACGUUGCAAGAGCUUCUCGCGCCGUCAAGCCUAGACUUUUUCGACCGGUCAUGGCGGAAAAUUGGCGACAAGUCAGGUCUUUCGGGGAUCAUUCAGGAGGUUACCGGUAUCAAUUCCCAGUACAUCAUCGGAGUGCCUAUGUCAAAUGGCGCCUCUGUCUAUCAGUAUAUUUCGCGGGCGAGCGUAGCGGAGAGGAUGUCGUGGGCUUCUCGCAGGCGCACCACGAGACCAGAAGACCUGGCAUACUGCCUGCUGGGUAUCUUUGAUAUUCAUAUCCCGAUGCUGUACGGAGAGGGUCUGCAUGCAUUUCAGAGAUUGCAAGAGGAGAUAAUGAAAGUUACAGAUGAUACUUCUUUGUUCGCCUGGGGAUUAGGAAGGGUGUGGAACUCGUCAGAACAUUCUAGUAUUUUGGCCCCGGCUCCAGAGUAUUUUGAGCACUGCUCAGACAUCGAGAUCAUGGACCUUGUCGACUUCAAGCGUCCCUCGUUCCAUCUAUCACAGCAGGGCUUGGUUGUUGACCUGCCGAUAGUGCAGGAUCGCAAGUUUGACAACAUCUCAUAUCUCAUCCUGCACUGCGGCAUCGCAUCUGACUCUGAUCAGAAGGUCAGUCUCGUCGCCGUGCCCAUCGUGUCCACCCGUGCGGCAGAAUCUCAUCGCGAAUGGGAUGCGGAUGGAAAUUUUAUUCGGCCCAUAUGGUGCACGCCCUUGCUCGUGUCAACCACAUUCCUCGACUCGGCAACAACUGCAAGGGCACUUAUAGUCAGGUCAUCCCCGGCAAAUGACCAUUUGUGGACUGUUCCAAUCUCUCUGAAAGCCCCAAGGGAGAACACAGAGAACCCUCAUUGGAGUCUCCUUGGUGUCUACCCCCCGCAACCAACUAGGCAGGGCGGCUGCUUCGUGUCACUAUACGAAUUCCCAUAUGUCGCUCGCGCAAGCAGUCGGCAAGUCCACCUUGUCCAGCUAUCGACCCCCACGCCCGAGACUCCUACACAGCCUUCCAGGGAUCUGAAGUUCACCACACCGCCAAAGGACGGAAUGGUUUCUCUCCACAUUGACACUGAACUAGGGGCGUUUAUCUUGCUCCUGAACUACCAGAUCGGAGGCCCACGUCAGAUGAAGUCUGGUGGGGCUGUGCUUUCUUUUGGGUACUGGUCGUCGCUCAAGUCGAUGAGUUGUCGCCUAUUUCCUUGUCCGAGAGACAAGGACGCCGAGACUGUCCAGAGAACCGUGGCAAGAUUGUCUCUGACGUCCAAGGGACCAGGAGAGAUCCCGUGUUCAGAUGUGGACGGCGAUGAGUGCAGAGUGCGUUUUGCACCUGCCGGUUGCGAUGGGUUCUUAGACGUGUUCUGGGAGACGACGCCAGUCCGCCAGGAGGCGAGGCGCCAGGGAAGGACUGGGGAUCAGAUCCAUCGCAUUAGUGUUGUUGAGAUAUUUGUCACAAAGGGACAAAUCAAAACUUUACCAUUAGUAUAG